AGUUCAUUCAUUCAGAUCUAGGAUGUGUUCUUUUAGUGUUCCCUUUAUUUUUUUGAGCAGUAUAUAUAUAUAUAUAGAUAUAGAUAUAUAUAUAUAUAUAUAUAUAUAUAUACAUACAGUGGUGUGAAAAAGUGUUUGCCCCUUUCCUGAUUUGUUAUUUGUUUGCAUGUUUGUCACACUUAAAUGUUUCAGAUCAUCAAACAAAUUUAAAUAUUAGUCAAAGAUAACACAAGUAAACACAAAAUGCAGUUUUGAAAUGAAGGUUGUUAUUAUUAAGGGAAAACAAAAUCCAAACCUACAUGGCCCUGUGUGAAAAAGUGUUUCCCCCCCUGUUAUAACACAACUCAACUCAACUGUGGUUUAUCACAUCUGAGUUCAAUUACUCUAGCCACACCCAGGCCUGAUUACUGCCUCACCUGUUCUCAAUCAAGGAAUCACUUAAAUAGGACCUGCCUGACAAAUUGAAGUAGACCAAAAGAUCCUCACAAGCUAGACAUCAUGCCGAGAUCCAAAGAAAUUCAGGAACAAAUGAGAAAGAAAGUAAUUGAGAUCCAUCAGUCUGGGAAAGGUUAUAAAGCCAUUUCUAAAGCUUUGGGACUCCAGCGAACCACAGUGAGAGCCAUUAUCCACAAAUGGCGAAAACAUGGAACAGUGGUGAACCUUCCCAGGAGUGGCCGGCCGACCAAAAUUACCCCAAGAGCGCAGUGACAACUCAUCCAAGAGGUCACAAAAGACCCCUCAACAACAUCCAAAGAGCUGCAGGCCUCACUUGCCUCAGUUAAGGUCAGUGUUCAUGACUCCACCAUAAGAAAGAGACUGGGCAAAAAUGGCCUGCAUGGCAGAGUUACAUUUUACAUUUACAUUUUAGUCAUUUAGCAGACGCUCUUAUCCAGAGCGACUUACAGUUAGUGAAUACAUUUUUUUUUUUUUUUUUUUUUUUUUUUUUUUUUUUUUUUUUUAUACUGGCCCCCCGUGGGAAUCGAACCCACAACCCUGGCGUUGCAAACACCAUGCUCUAUCAACUGAGCUACAUCCCUGCCGGCCAUUCCCUCCCCUACCCUGGACAACGCUGGGCCAAUUGUGCGCCGCCCAUGAGUCUCCCGGUCGCGGCCGGCUGCGACAGAGCCUGGAUUCGAACCAGGAUCUCUAGUGGCACAGUUAGCACUGCGAUGCAGUGCCUUAGACCACUGCGCCACUCAGGAGACUCAAGACGAAAACCACUGCUGAGCAGAAAUAACAUUAAGGCUUGUCUCACUUUUGCCAGAAAACAUAUUGAUGAUCCCCAAGACCUUUGGGAAAAUACUCUGUGGACUGACGAGACAAAAGUUGAACUUUUUGGAAGGUGUGUGUGUCCCAUUACAUCUGGCGUAAAAGUAACACCGCAUUUCAGAAAAAGAACAUCAUACCAACAGUAAAAUAUGGUGGUGGUAGUGUGAUGGUCUGGGCCUGUUUUGCUGCUUCAGGACCUGGAAGACUUGCUGUGAUAAAUACAACCAUGAAUUCUGCUGUCUACCAAAAAAUCCUGAAGGAGAAUGUCCGGCCAUCUGUUCGUGACCUCAAGCUGAAGCGAACUUGGGUUCUGCAGCAGGACAAUGAUCCAAAACACACCAGCAAGUCCACCUCUGAAUGGCUGAAGAAAAACAAAAUGAAGACUUUGGAGUGGCCUAGUCAAAGUCCUGACCUGAAUCAUAUUGAGAUGCUGUGGCUUGACCUUAAAAAGGCAGUUCAUGCUCGAAAACCCUCCAAUGUGACUGAAUUACAACAAUUCUGCAAAGAUGAGUGGGCCAAAAUUCCUCCACAGCGCUGUAAAAGACUCAUUGCAAGUUAUCGCAAACGCUUGAUUGCAGUUGUUGCUGCUAAGGGUGGCCCAACCAGUUAUUAGGUUGUAGGGGGCAAUCACUUUUUCACACAGGGCCAUGUGGGUUUGGAUUUUGUUUUCCCUUAAUAAUAACAACCUUCAUUUCAAAACUGCAUUUUGUGUUUACUUGUGUUAUCUUUGACUAAUAUUUAAAUUUGUUUGAUGAUCUGAAACAUUUAAGUGUGACAAACAUGCAAACAAAUAAGAAAUCAGGAAGGGGGCAAACACUUUUUCACACCACUGUAUAAAUAUAUAUAAAUGAAAAUUAUUAAGAUAUAAAAGUUAAAAUUCAACCAGAGAGCGCACUUAGGUCGUGGGAAAAGGCCGCGAUUGACCGUUGCACUUGAAUCGUUCCCACGGUGAAUGGCUAGACCCGUUACGCUAUGAAACCACACACUAUUGCAGAAACGUUGAUAUUACCGGCCGCAAUUGAUAUGGUGAAAACAAUGUGUGGGGAGGCAGAGGCACAGAAACUCACAUCAAUACCUUUGUCAGAUAACACUGAAACUAAUAAUUGAUGCUAUAGCUAGCAAUCAAGAGGAAACUCUGACUGAACAACUCAAAAACUCCCCACCUUAUGCUCUCCAAAUGGACGUUAGCUGUGAGGGCCGAGAUGCAUUGAGUUUAGUUCUCUACAUGUCGGGGGGAUGCUAUUCACGAGGACAUCUUGUUCUGUCUCAUGAUUCCUGAGCAUGUAACGGUAUAGGAGAUGUUCAGUGUGCUGCUUGGCUGUAUUGACGAAAAACAGAUUCCAUGGGAUUGAAUGGUGGGCUUUUGCACAGAUGGGGCUCCAUCUAUUAGGGGACGGCGGGCAGGCCUCUGCACUCUAGUUAUGAAUGGGUCUCCCUCUGCCAUAUGGACUCAUUGUAUGAUACACCCACUGAGCUAUAAUGGAUACACCGAGAGCAACUGGCGGCAAAAGAGCUGAGCGCAGAACUCGGAGAUAUACAGCAGCUGGUAACUUCGACUGUGAACUACAUCAAACCACAUCCACCGCGCGCAGGCCUGUUGGCAAAACUAGGUGGCGAUAUGGGAUCAGAGCAUGACAAUGUUCUAUUUCACUACGAGACUUGGUGGUUAUCAAGGAGGAGUGUUGGAAAGAUUUUUCACAUUGAGAGAGGAACUUGUCAUUCGCAAUGGAUGUAAAAAAACAGACUGUUGACUUUCUGUGUAAUGAAAAUAAAAUGUGUCUCCUUGCCUAUGUAACAAGCAUAUUUGGGAAACUGAACGCAAGCAUGCAGGGGAAAUACCAAAAACAUCUACAGACGAGUGACCGAAUCAGCUAAAUCCGUUUGACUGUGAUCCUGGCUCAGUUGACGUGCCGGUAUGUGAAAUCCAACAGCUGGUCGAGCUGUCAUGUGACCGAAUGCUGCAGACAACGCCUUCACGGGUCACUAUGGAGGAGUUUUGGUUCCUGACUCAGAGGGAAUAUUGUGCCGUCUCCCUCCGAGCAUUAAAACUCAUGGUACGCUGAUUCAGUGCUCUCGUCUGCAUUAAAACCAAAAUAUUGAUCCAGGUUGGAUGUGACAGCAGAGAUGAGGUGCGCGCUGUCGACCACGCCCCCUGACUUUGAGAAACUCCGACGUGACAUGCAUCAAAGCCACACCCAUCUCAUUAGUGGUGGUGAGAUAAGACACAUUAUGUCACACUCAUUUGACUGUCAUGGCCCCACAUUAAAAGUUACGGUGACGGUGAGUUGAGAAGAUAAUCAGAAAUACUGUUGGAAUGUUUUUCAAUUGACUGCCAUGGCCCCAAAUAAAAAAGUUUACAAUUGGCUGUUAUAUAAAUAAAUACAAAUUCACAUGGUUGGGGUCACGAGAAUUUUCAGAUCUCAAAAUGGGGUCGUAGGCCAAAAAAGUUUGGGAAACUGCUCUAAGGGAACCUGGUGGACGAUGGAUGACAACAAUGUUACGCUUGAGUGGACAAGUGACUGUGACAUCAUAGAAUUCAAAUGAGGAGAUGGACAGGUGAGAGAGGGAGAAAAUAGAAGAUCUCCACUUAGGAGAAAUGAGUAGCCCUGUGCCAUCACCACGACGACCAGAUGCUCUCGGACUAUGAGAGAAAACACAGUCAGAUGAAGAAAGAGCAGCUGGAGUAGCAGUGUUCUCUGGGGUUGAUCCAUGUCUCCGUCAGGGCAAAAAGGUCAAGGGACUGAAGGUUAGCAUAGGCUGAGAUGAACUCAGCGUUCUUGACCGCAGAUCGGCAGUUCCAAACGCUGCCAGAGACCAGGAAUUCCACAUGGGUUGUGGGCGCAGGGUCCACUAAAUUAGAAGGGUUGCAGCCAAGGGGUGGGGAGCGUCUGUAAAGCCUACAGGGAGAGGAGCAAACUGGUAUAGAAAACACACACAUAGUUGACAAAGCUACAAAAAAUCAUCUGAAAAUCACUAGGUAAGAUACUCAAGUGAGAGAAUGGGGUGGAGCCUUCCUCUGUCCUUCCUCAAACAACUCGGCAGAACCGUUUGUUGUUUCGGCGAUGGUCUUAGUUUUGCGACAUGACCUCUGCUGACACGGAUGCCACUGAGAAAACAGGGGAGACUGAAGUACUAAUACUAAUUGCUUUGCAAAAGUGAAGAGCACACCUUCCUGUACUAGUUUCCUAGGAGAGUAGAAACCACCCCCCCUCCAAUACAGCCACUGAUUACCAAAAAAAACAACAGUCCCAAAUUGCCCCGCCCCUUAAUCCUGGUUGAUGUGUCAACAAUCACCUGCAAGUUUAAUAGCAGUCAGCAGUUCACACACCAAGUAGACCACUAGGAAGACAGGCAGCACUGAAAGUAGAUGGGUCCUAGCUAGAAAAAAAUAAACAGUAAUAAACCACAACAGAUAAAGAUACUUAUCACUCCUGGGGCAGUACUACAUGCGUCAUGAUGCAUGCCAUUGAGUUGUUGAUGGUGUAUUAAAGAUCCGCCUCCCUGCCCCUCCCCCCCCUCCCCCCCCCCCUCCCUGCUCCUCCCUCCCCCCCCUCCCUGCCCCUCCCUCCCUCUCCCAGCCAUGUUCACGGUGAUGUGUUACAACGUGCUGUGUGACAAGUACGCCACCCGUCAGCUCUACGGCUACUGCCCCUCCUGGGCCCUCAACUGGGAGUACAGGAAGAAGGGCAUCAUGGAGGAGAUCACACACUGUGACGCCGACAUCAUCAGUCUACAGGUAGGGUCUGACAUCAUCAGUCUACAGGUAGGUCUGACAUCAUCGGUCUGACAUCAUCAGUCUACAGGUAGGGUCUGACAUCAUCAGUCUACAGGUAGGGUCUGACAUCAUCAGUCUACAGGUAGGGUCUGACAUCAUCGGUCUGACAUCAUCAGUCUACAGGUAGGGUCUGACAUCAUCAGUCUAAAGGAAGGGUCUGACAUCAUCAGUCUACAGGUAGGGUCUGACAUCAUCAGUCUACAGGUAGGGUCUGACAUCAUCAGUCUACAGGUAGGGUCUGACAUCAUCAGUCUACAGGUAGGGUCUGACAUCAUCAGUCUACAGGUAGGGUCUGACAUCAUCGGUCUGACAUCAUCAGUCUACAGGUAGGGUCUGACAUCAUCAGUCUAAAGGUAGGGUCUGACAUCAUCAGUCUACAGGUAGGGUCUGACAUCAUCAGUCUAAAGGUACUUUAGGGUCUUGCAUGUCUAGAGGUAGUUAGGUUGGCCAUGCAUUGGAGAUGUUGAAUAUUGUUGCGGAAAACAGAAGCUCCCGCAUAACUGUACGUGCAAAGUAUCACAAAUGUAUUUUCUGUGCCAAGUAGCCUAUGCAAGAUGAGAACCAACCCUUGUUCACACAUUCUCUGUGAGGAACGUUAGCUCGUUGAAUUAUUCCAUAAAAUCUUAAAUGCAAACUUUGUCCCAGAACCUAAAUUCAAUCGUCUUGGUCGUGUGUCCUUAGGAGGUGGAGACGGAGCAGUACUAUGCUCUCUUUCUGGAGACACUGAAGGAGCGUGGCUAUGACGGGUACUUCUGCCCAAAGUCUCGUGCCAAACUGGUCUCAGAACAGGAAAGGAAACACGUGGACGGGUGUGCCGUGUUCUUCAAAACCGAGAAGUGAGUGAAUCAAUCAAUCAAAUCUCUUUUAUAACGGCCUUUUUUACAUCAGCGGUUCUGUGCUUGAUUGAGCUUUGCGUCUUGAACCCAGGUCUGGUUAUGUUUCAGAUUUACUCCGGUGCAGAAACACACUGUGGAGUUCAACCAGGUUGCCAUGGCGAACUCUGAGGGUUCAGAGGUCAUGUUGAACAGGGUCAUGACCAAGGACAACAUUGGGGUCGCCGUGCUGCUGGAGGUCAACAAGGACAUGUUCUCUGGUGGUGAGGAACCUAUCAAUCAGUUAAUCAGUCAGCCAGUCAGUCAGAGAUGUUCUAUCAGUCAGUCAGUCAGAGAUGUUCUAUCAGUCAGUCAGAGAUGUUCUAUCAGUCAGUCAGUCAGAUGUUCUCUGGUGGUGAGGAACAGGGUUAUUAUAGUUUUGUGUUUUUAUUUCUAUUAAUUUUAAGAUUUUGAUUUGAAAUUCAGUUUAGUUUCAGUUAGUUUUCAGAUCCACUAGUUUUUAUUUAGUUUCAGUUAGUUUCAGUUUUAUAAUCUCGUUCCGAGAGAGAUAAUGAGAGAGUUGAUGAGAGAUGGCACGCUCACGUGUUUUGGAAAGAAAAGAAAGAAGGGAUACAUAGUUUGACGUCAGAUGAGUCGUGUGUUGGUUUCUUAAGGAGGGGAGCGACUCGGGUCCAUUUUUAAGUGGACGUGUGAUGAGUUGAUGAGGGAAGUGAGGAAAGGUCUGGAGAAGGGAGGAGGGGAUGGGGUCUAGUGGGCAGGUUGUCGGGCGGCCAGACCUCACUAGUCGCAGGUUGUCAUCUGGAGAGAGGGGAGAAUCCUGAGGAUAAACAUUGUCCCUACAUGUCAACUGCCUGAACUUUACAAAAAUUAUGUGAUCAAAGAUCAGCAGUCGACUGCAAGUUUCUGCAGUUGCUCUUCACCGACUUCAUCCUGCAGCCAUCGCCUGCAUUGUGGGAGGCUCUAUUGUCAACCAAUCAUUAGGGUGCUUCUGUUUGACCCACGCGAACGUGACCAACAACAUGACUGAAACAGGAACCAAUUUGGCGUGAUUUAUGUGUACAGUGGAUGUCUACAAAUAAAUGUGAUAUUUGAGGCUCUCUCACUGAUUAAUUGUACAAUGUGUACACCGAUGGAGGCUCCUCAAAGGAGGAAGUGGAGGACCAUCCUCCUCAGUGAAUUAAAUAAAAAUAGUGAAACAUUAAAAAAGUCAUAAUUUUUUAGAUAAAACUAUACUAAAUAUAUUCACGUCACCAAAUAAUUGAUUGAAAGACACUGUUUUACAAUGAAGGUCUACAGUAGCCUCCAGCAGCACUCUGUAGGGUAGCGCCAUGGUGUAGCCGGAGGACAGCUAGCUUCCGUCCUCCCUUGUGUACAUUGACUUCGAUAUAAAACCUAGGAGGCUCAUGGUUCUCACCCCCUUCCAUAGACUUACACAGUAAUUAUGACAACUUCCGGAGGAUGUCCUCCAACCUAUCAGCGCUCUUGCAGCAUGAACUGACAUGUUGUCCACCGUAUCAAAGGAUCAGAGAAUGAAUCUAGUACAUAAAUCUAGUGCAUAAAAUGUGGUGAGUAGUUGACUCAAAGAGACAGAAAGACAAUAGUUUAACAGUUUUUAACAAAUUGAUUUCUUCCAUAAUUGAGAGAGAGCGAGAGAGUUGUAUAUGUUUUUACUUUCACUUAGCUAACUAAUGCAGCUAGCUAGUUUAGCCUGCUCAAACCCCCGGCUCAAACAGAGAGGGAUGCUACAGUGCAUUCGGAAAGUAUUCAGACCCCUUCCCUUUUUCCACAUUCUGUUACGUUACAGCCUUAUUUUAAAAUUGAUUCAAUUGCUUUUUUCCCCUCAUCAAUCUACACACAAUACCCCAUAAUGACAAAGCAAAAACAGUUUUUUACAAAUAAAAAACUGAAAUGUAACAUUUACAUAAGUAUUCAGACCCUUUACUCAGUACUUUCUUGAAGCGCCUUUGGCAGCGAUUAUAGCCUUGAGUCUUCUUAGGUAUGACGCUACAAGCUUGGCACACCUGUAUUUGGGGAGUUUCUCCCAUUCUUCUCUGCAAAUCCUCUCAAGCUCUGUCAGGUUUGAUGCACAGCUAUUUUCAGGUCUCUCCAGUGAUGUUCAAUCGGGUUCAAGUCCGGGCUCUGGUUGGGCCACUCAAGGACAUUCAGAGACUUGUCCCAAAGCCACUCCUGCAUUGUCUUGGCUGUGUGCUUAGGAUCGUUAUCCUGUUGGAAGGUGAACCUUCGCCCCAGUCUGAGGUCCUGAGCGCUCUGGAGCAGGUUUUCAUCAAGGAUCUCUCUGACUAGUCUGACUAGUCUCCCAGUCCCUGCCUCUGAAAAACAUCCCCACAGCAUUGAUGCUGCCACCACCAUGCUUCAACGUAGGGAUGGUGCUAGGUUUCCUCCAGACAUGACGUUUGGCAUUCCGGCCAAAGAGUUCAAUCUUUUAAGUCCUUUUAAGUGCCUUUUGGCAAACUCCCAGCGGGCUGUCAUGUGCCUUUUACUGAGGAGUGGCUUCCGUCUGGCCACUCUACCAUAAAGGCCUGAUAGGUGGUGUGCAGCAGAGAUGGUUGUCCUUCUGGAAGGUUCUCCCAUCUCCACAGAGGAACUCUGCAGCUCGUCAGAGUGACCAUCGGGUUCUCUUGGUCACCUCCCUGACCAAGGCCCUUCUCCCCCGAUUGCUCACUUUGGCCUGCGGCUAGCUCUAGGAAGAGUCUUGGAGGUUCCAAACUUCUUCCAUUUAAGAAUGAUGGAAGCCACUGUGUUCUUCGGGACCUUCAAUGCUGCAGAAAUAUUUUGGUACCCUUCCCCAGAUCAGUGCCUCGACACAAUCCUGUCUCGGAGCUCUACGGACAAUUCCUUCGACAUCAUGGCUUGGUUUUUGCUCUGACAUGCACUGUCAACUGUGGGACCUUAUAUAGACAGGUGUGUGCCUUUCCAAAUCAUAUCCAAUCAAUUUAAUUUACCACAGGUGGAUCAAUGUUAACAGGAUGCACCUGAGCUCAAUGUCGAGUCUCAUAGCAAAGGGUCUGAAUACUUAUGUAAAUAAGGUAUUUCUGUUUUUUAUAUGUUUAAGAAAUUUGCAAACAUUUCAAAAAACCUGUUUUCGCUUUGUCACUAUGGGGUAUUGUGUGUAUUUUCUAUUUAUUUAAUCGAUUUUAGAAUAUGGCUGUAACGUAACAAAAUGUGGAUAAAGGAUAGGGGUCUGAAUACUUUCCGAAUGCACUGUACGUAUAUGUAUAGCUAUGGAGAGAGGGAUGCUAUGCUUAGCUAGCUGGCUAUGGCUACCCAACACUGGAACUCUUCCAUGUCAAGGUAAGCUUUUGGUUUUAUAUAUAUUUUUUGCCACUGGGGCCAUCAGUGUAACUGCUAAACUGCUUUCUGAACUGCAUGAUUGUAGCGGGUUUACUAACGCGUUAGUUCUAGUAUGUUGUACUAUGACGUGACAACAAUGUAGCGGUUAGCGGUCGUGAUAUGAAGGUUUGGCUUGGAAAGGUUUUUUCGCCUGGUCACAGACAGCUGAUGUGUUGUGCACUGAAGUCCACAAGUGAAGGGAAAAGGUGAGAGGAGGACAGAGAGCGUAGAUGGUUGCGAGAAGGAAUUCUAUAUACAAUGAGCAAAGUGAUCAUGCUGUUUUUAUGUGGCUGUUAUGAAAGUGAACUGUGUUUUCGUGUGAUCAGGGGUGUGUUCAUUCCGCCGAUUCUGUUGAAAAACUUUUCUUAAACAGAAGCAAACGGAGAUAAACGUACCUGAAUGUGUCCAAUAGAAACUAAUUUGCAACUGUUGGACUAAUGGUUACUCCCUAGAUCAGCUAGAUGCAGGCAAGAGUGUGCAAGGCGGUAUUGAAUGUGUCACCUCAAUUGAUUACUUAAAAUUAUCCCGACCUGUGCACCUACGUUGUAAACUGUCAUUCAUAGGCUAGGUUGUGGCAACCUCAUGAUUGGUACAGGGGAAAUGUGAGUAUCAUGUAGUAGCCUAAACCUAUCGAUGUUACAUUGAACUGGGUGAAUGGACUAUGAAUGUCAGUCAUCCAAUAUGCUGUAAUAGAAAUAAGGCCAUGCUCAUAAAAAAAUAAAAAAAUAAUCCUCCCUCAUCUUAAACGGCACCGACCGCCACUGGUGUACACACAUAAUAUCAUAUUAUGCUUUCAGUUUGUGAGUGUGUGAUAUGGUGGUAAGAUACAUGCUUAUUUCGACAUUAUAAAGAAACCCUUUUACAAACAACGCUGCCAUGUUGAUCUGAACCUUGCUGUUAGAAAGCCACAUGAGUGUACGGCUGUCGCAGAUGCACCUCCCCCAGGCUUCACUCCUUGACUUUCGUCUACAGUCGGUUUCUUUAGCCUGACCACUCAAACGCACCAAAUAUCUGCAAUGCUGCUCGUGACAGUCUACCUUUUUUAAAUGAUAAAGUCAAUAGCAAUGUGACCCACCAGAUUCAGAAGCUUGAACACCCCAUCAGAUUGUUAUAGUUUUAGUUUUUCAAAUGGAUUUGUUAAUUAUUUAAUUUCUGUUUACUAAAUUGUUUUUUCGUGAUUAGUUUGUUUCAGUUUACUAUAGUAACUCUGGUGACAUACAGACAACGGGUCGUGUUCGAGAGGAUCAAAACUGUAAUGUAUCAUUAGUAAAUUGUGACUGACUGAUCUACAAAUAAUAAUGAGUAGUUAUUUAUGAUGCAAGGUUAUUUUGUAGAUCAGUCAGUCAGCAGUCGCCUGCACUGUCGGCUGCAAUGUCGAACAAGCCUAUGUUCUCUGGUGGUGAGGAACCUGGCAGUCAAUCAGACACGUUCUCUGGUGGUGAGGAACCUGGCAGUCAGUCAGUCAGAUAUGUUCUCUGGUGGUGAGGAACCUGGCAGUCAGUAAAUCAUUCAGUCAUUCAACAAUAAUUAUUUGUGAAGCGUUCUCUGCCUGUAGAGCUUCUGUAGCAUUGGAGUCAUUUUCCCAGGACUAAAUUGAACAAGUAGAUGGCAUCCCUGCUCUUCAAAGUGCCAAGUUCGAAAAUUAUACUUGAUACAUUUUCAAUCUGCUUGUGUCCAUUGGAUGACUACUCAGUCAGGUUUGGAGUCAGAAUGUCUUCGCUAAUUUCUAAAUCAAGUGUCAAUCCUGGACAAUUUGUUGUUAUUUCCCACACCAUUGUUGGUGAAAAAAAACGCACUAUAUGUCUGCCUUUGUGCAACUCGUCCUAAAAAAGUUCAGAUCAGUUAAACUUGAUGUACAAAAAACAGAAAAUGUUUCAUUCAUUUUCAUUUAUACAUUUCUGUGUGGCCUCAGCCUAACUCCCACUCUGUUCCUCAGGCAUGAAGCCACUGCAGGGGAAACAGCUGAUUCUGGUGGCCAACGCCCACAUGCACUGGGACCCGGAGUUCUGUGACGUCAAGCUGAUCCAGACCAUGAUGUUCCUGUCUGAGUUAAAGAGCAUCGCUGAAAGGGCCCUGAGCUCCAUGGGAACAGGCUCCCUGACCUCUGACCCGGCCUCCAUCCCGAUCGUGCUCUGUGCUGACCUCAACUCCCUGCCCGACUCUGGUAAGAACCUAACCCCAACUCUUAACUCAGACCCAGCCUCUAUCGCUAUCGCGCUCUGUGCUGACCUCAAGUCCCUACCCGACAAACAAGAAAAUGCUCACCCAGAUGCGGCGCUCCUAGUGGCCGGGGAUUUUAAUGCAGGGUAACUGAAAUCCGUUUGACCUCAUUUCUCCUGUGCAACUGGAAGGGAAAAAACUCACCUCUACUCUACACACAGAGACGCAUACAAAGCUCUCCCUCGCCCUCCAUUUGGCAAAUCUGACCAUAACCUGGACAUUGAUUGUUGAACAUGGCAGGUCCACAAUCAAACUCUCAAACAUACCCAAGCCCAACCCCUCUCUCCCACCCCGUCAUGCUGUAAUUAAUCAAGAAGACGCCCAAGGAGAGACAAAGGGUUUAGCCUGAACUCUGUUCAACCCCGGCUUGUUCCCGGGAUAUGCCUAAGGAGAGCCACAGGGUCACAGUCUGGUUUCAGUCACUGAUAACAACUGUAGAAUCUGACCCGAACACAGGUCAGAUGCCCAUUUCACACACACACAAACCCAGUGAGAGGAACCAAUUCAGUUCUUGCCUAGCAACAGAGAUUUACCCAUGUUUAACCCUGGCUCCGUGUUCGUCAUUUUGUGAUUAACUUUGUUUAUCUUAUAGUUUACUGAAAAAUCCUCAUCACUGAUCGUGGACUACAGGAAAUGGAGGGCCGAGCACGCCCCCAUUCACAUCGAUGGGGCUGUAGUGGAGACGGUAGAGAGCUUCAAGGUCCUCGGUGUCCACAUCACUAAGGACCUAUCAUGGUCCAAACACACCAAGACAGUCGUGAAGAGGGCACGACAACAUCUCUUUCCCCUCAGGAGGCUGAAAAUAUUGGCAUGGGCCCCUCAGAUCCUCAAUCAGUUCUACAGCUGCACCAUCGAGAGCAUCUUGACUGGCUGCAUCCCCACUUUGUAUGACAACUGCUCGGCAUCCGACUGCAAGGCGCUACAGAGGGUAGUGUGUACGGCCCAGUACAUCACUGGGGCAGAACUCCCUGCCAUCCAGGACCUCUAUACCAGGCGGUGUCAGAGGAAGGCCCUCUAAAAUGGUAAAAGUCUCCAGCCACCUCUGCUACCGAACAGCAAGCGGUACCGUAGCGCCAAUUCUGGGACCAAAAGGCUCCUGAACAGCUUCUGCCAUAAGACUGCUAAUCCUUUAAUCAAAUGGCAACCCAGAUAUUCUGCUUUUCACCCCUACCUACAUGUACAUAGUCAGUCAAUCACCUAACCAAACCUACAUGUACAUAGUCAGUCAAUCACCUAACCAAACCUACAUGUACAUAUUACCUCAAUCAAUCACCCCAACUACCUCGUACCCCAGUACACUGACUCGGUACCGGUACUCGUUGUAUAUAGCCUGUAUAUAGCCUCAUUAUUGUUAUUUGAUUGUGUUACUAUUUUCUUUUUAUCUAUUUGUUAAUUUUCAUAUUUUUUAAACUGCAUUGUUGGGAAAGGGCUCAAAAAGUAAGCAUUUCACGGUAAAGUCAACACCUGUUGUAUUCGGCGCAUGUGACACAUAUUUUUGGGGGGGAUUUCACCAUGCCAUAGAAGUAGAAUAAGUAAACGGAAAAAGCCCCUCACAGAAGGAGUCGGAUGGGGAUUCCCAUUCUUGUCAUUUUAUCUCUAGAGACCUGACGUGGCUCAGAACCACUGGGACCUUUUCUCUGUUGUCCUCGUGUGAUUUUAUUAUGGAUGACACAAUCCACAUGCUUUUGCUUUGUUUACACAAAGGUUUGACUCAUGCUUGUCUAAGGAAGAAACAGCACUGUGUACACGCUGUGUCUGUGUGGAGUCUGGAGUCGCUAGGGCAACGGGCUCAGAGAAGAUGGGGGAGGAGCCAGAGGGGACGAAAACAGAGAGGACGAAAACGCAAGGAAAUCAAGCUGCAGACAACUCCUCCAAUGGGCUUUGACUUCUCAAACACGGCAGGAAGCUAACACAAUAUGAUGCCCUGUCACCUGAUUAAUUCAGCCACUUACUUAGAUAACUAUCAGGUUAAACCUAGGGGUCGCAUUAACACAGAAUUCUUCGUUUUUCACGCAGGGGUGUCUCAAUGACUACACUGUAUUAACUGUUUAAUGCCCCCCCAUCUCCACAUACCCUGUAUUGUUUCAAUGCCCCCCCCCUCUCCACACCCUGUAUUAAGUGUUUAAAAUCAAAUAAAAUGUUAUGUGCCGAAUACAACACCUUACCGUGAAAUGCUUACAAGCCCUUAACCAACAAUGCAGUUCAAGAAAGAGUUAAGAAAAGAUUUACUAAAUAAACAAAAGUAAAAAGUAACACAAUAAAAUAACAAUAACGAGGCUAUAUACAGGGGGUACCGGUACCGAUUCAAUGUGCGGGGGUACAGCUUAGUCGAGGUAAUUUGUACAUGUAGGUAGGGGUAAAGUGACUAUGCAUAGAUAAUAAACAGUGAGUAGCAGCAGUGUAAAAACAAAUGGAGAGGGGGGGUCAAUGUAAAUAGUCUGGGUAGCCAUUUGAUUAAUUGUUCAGCAGUCUUAUGGCUUGGGGGAAGAAGCUGUUAAGGAGCCUUUUGGUCCUAGACUUGGCACUCCGGUACCGCUUGCCGUGCGGUAGCAGAGAAAACAGUCUAUGACUUGGGUGACUGGAGUCUUUGACAAUUUUUUGGGCGCUCCUCUGACACCACCUGGUAUAGAGGUCUUGGAUGGCAGGAAGCUUGGCCCCAGUGAUGUACUGGGCCGUACGCACUACCCUCUGUAGCGCCUUACGGUCAGAUGCCGAGCAGUUGCCAUACCAGGCUGUGAUGCAACCGGUCAGGAUGCUCUCGAUGGUGCAGCUGUAUAACUCUUUGAGGAUCUGGGGACCCAUGCCAAAUCUUUUCAGUCUCCUGAGGGGGAAAAGGUGUUGUCGUGCCCUCUUCAAGACUGUCUUGGUGUGUUUGGACCAUGAUAGUUUGUUGGUGACGUGGACACCAAGGAGCUUGAAACACUCGACCCGCUUCACUACUGCCCGUCGAUGUUAAUGGGGGCCUGUUCGGCCCACCUUUUCCUGUAAUCCACGAUGCCCUCCCCACCCUGUAUUAACUGUUUCAAUGCCCCCCCCCCCCUCUCCCUAGGAGUAGUGGAGUACCUGAGUAACGGUGGUGUAGCAGAGAACCAUAAGGACUUCAGAGAGCUGCGCUACAACGAGGCUCUCACCAACUUCAGCUGCCAGGGAAAGAACAGCUCUUCUAGCGGCAGCAUCACACACAGCUUCCAGCUGAAGAGCGCCUACCAAGGCAGCCUCAUGUCUUACACCAACUACACCUACGACUUUAAGGUAGGCUACACGUCUGUAUCCUACCCCUAACCCUACGAGGACAGCCUCUAUAUCCUACCACUGACCCUACGAGGACAGCCUCUAUAUCCUACCACUGAACCUACGAGGACAGCCUCUAUAUCCUACCACUGACCCUACGAGGACAGCCUCUAUAUCCUACCACUAACCCUACACCUAUACGAGGACAGCCUCUAUAUCCUACCACUGACCCUACGAGGACAGGCUCUAUAUCCUACCACUGACCCUACGAGGACAGCCUCUAUAUCCUACCACUAACCCUACGAGGACAGCCUCUAUAUCCUACCACUAACCCUACACCUAUACGAGGACAGCCUCUAUAUCCUACCACUGACCCUAUGUGGACAGCCUCUAUAUCCUACCACUGACCCUACGAGGACAGUCUCUAUAUCCUACCACUGACCCUACGAGGACAGCAUCAAUAUCCUACCACUAACCCUACGAGGACAGUCUCUAUAUCCUACCACUGACCCUACGAGGACAUCCUCUAUAGCCUACCACUGACCCGAUGAGGACAGCCUCUAUAUCCUACCACUAACCCUACAAGGACAGUCUCUAUAUCCUACCACUGACCCUACGAGAACAGCCUCUAUAUCCUACCACUAACCCUACACCUAUACGAGGACAGCCUCUAUAUCCUACCACUGACCCUAUGUGGACAGCCUCUAUAUCCUACCACUGACCCUACGAGGACAGUCUCUAUAUCCUACCACUGACCCUACGAGGACAGCCGCUAUAUCCUACCACUGACCCUAUCAGGACAGUCUCUAUAUCCUACCACUGACCCUAUGAGGACAGCCUUUAUAUCCUACCACUAACCCUACGAGGACAGCCUAUAUAUCCUACCACUAACCCUACGAGGACAGUCUCUAUUUCCUACCACUGACCCCACGAGGACAGCCUCUAUAUCCUACCACUGACCCUACGAGGACAGCCUCUAUAUCCUACCACUGACCCUACCACUAACCCUACGAGGACAGCCUCUAUAUCCUACCACUGACCCUACGAGGACAGGCUCUAUAUCCUACCAAUGACCCUACGAGGACAGGCUCUAUAUCCUACCAAUGACCCUACGAGGACAGGCCCUAUAUCCUACCACUGACCCUAUGAGGACAGUCUCUAUAUCCUACCACUGACCCUACGAGGACAGCCUCUAUAUCCUACCACUGACCCUACGAGGACAGUCUCUAUAUCCUACCACUGACCCUACGAGGACAUCCUCUAUAUCCUACUACUGACCCUACGAGGACAGCCUCUAUAUCCUACCACUGACCUUGCCCCUAACCCUACACCUAACCCUACGAGGACAGCCUCUAUAUCCUACCACUGACCCUAUGAGGACAGCCUCUAUAUCCUACCACUGACCCGAUGAGGACAGCCUCUAUAUCCUACCACUGACCCUACGACGACAGCAUCUAUAUCCUACCACUAACCCUACGAGGACAGUUUCUAUAUCCUACCACUGACCCUACGAGGACAGCCGCUAUAUCCUACCACUGACCCUAUCAGGACAUUCUCUAUAUCCUACCACUGACCCUAUGAGGACAGCCUCUAUAUCCUACCACUGACCCUACAAGGACAGCCUCUAUAUCCUACCACUGACCCUAUGAGGACAGCCUCUAUAUUCUACCACUGACCCUACAAGGACAGCCUCUAUAUCCUACCACUAACCCUACGAGGACAGUCUCUAUAUCCUACCAUUGACCCUACGAGGACAGCCUCUAUAUCCUACCACUAAUCCUACGAGGACAGGCUCUAUAUCCUACCACUGACCCUACGAGGACAGCCUCUAUAUCCUACCACUGACCCUACGAGGACAUCCUCUAUAUCCUACCACUGACCCUAUGAGGACAGUCUCUAUAUCCUACCACUGACCCUACCCCUAACCCUACACCUAACCCUACAAGGACAUCCUCUAUAUCCUACCACUGACCCUACGAGGACAUCCUCUAUAUCCUACCACUGACCCUACGAGGACAGUCUCUAUAUCCUACCACUAACCCUACGAGGACAGUCUCUAUAUCCUACCACUGACCCUACGAGGACAGCCUCUAUAUCCUACCACUAACCCUACGAGGACAAUCUCUAUAUCCUACCACUAACCCUACGAGGACAGCCUCUAUAUCCUACCACUGACCCUACCACUAACCCUACGAGGACAGCCUCUAUAUCCUACCACUGACCCUACAAGGACAGCCUCUAUAUCCAACACUGACCUUACGAGGACAGCCUCUAUAUCCUACCACUGACCCUACGAGGACAGCCUCUAUAUCCUACCACUAACCCUACGAGGACAGACUCUAUAUCCUACCACUAACCCUACGAGGACAGCCUCUAUAUCCUACCACUGAUCCUACCACUAACCCUACGAGAACAGUCUCUAUGUCCUACCACUAACCCUACGAGGACAGCCUCUAUAUCCUACCACUGACCCUACGAGGACAGCCUCUAUAUCCUACCACUGACCCUACGAGGACAGCCUCUAUAUCCUAUUACUAACCCUACGAGGACAGCCUCUAUAUCCUACCACUGACCCUACGAGGACAGCCUCUAUAUCCUACCACUAACCCUAUGAGGACAGUCUAUAUAUCCUACCACUAACCCUACGAGGACAGCCUCUAUAUCCUACCACUGACCCUACCACUAACCCUAUGAGGACAGCCUCUAUAUCCUACCACUGACCCUACAAGGACAGCCUCUAUAUCCUACCACUGACCCUACGAGGACAGCCUCUAUAUCCUACCACUGACCCUACGAGGACAGCCUCUAUAUCCUACCACUAACCCUACGAGGACAGCCUCUAUAUCCUACCACUGACCCUACGAGGACGGCCUCUAUAUCCUACCACUAACCCUAUGAGGACAGUCUCUAUAUCCUACCUUUCUCCCUCCUCUCUCUCUCUCUCCUUCUCUCUUCUCUCUCUAUCCUUCUCUCGUCUCUCUCUCUCUCUCUCUCCUCCUCUCUCUCCAUCCUUCUCCCUCUCUCUCUCCUUCUCCCUCUUCUCUCUCUCUCCACAUCUCCCCAUACUGUAGAGCAAAGUGUCAACAUUACAGAGCAUUCAUGAGGCUAAAAUAUAUUUUAGAAUAUUUGAACGUAUAGCAACGCUAACAAGAUCUUUCAUUUCCCUCUUUCUUUCUUCCUUCCUCCCUCCGCAGGGCGUGAUCGACUACAUCUUCUUCUCCAAGACUCACAUGUCUGUAGCCGGCCUGCUGGGCCCCCUGGAGACUCGGUGGUUAACGGACAACAACAUCACCGGGUGUCCCCACCCCCACAUCCCCUCUGACCACUUCUCUCUGCUCGCCCUGCUGGAGCUUCACCCGCCCGUCACCUCCUCUUCCUCCCUCAACGGCCUGCACCUGCCCCGUCCACAGGUAGUGGGGUUACAACCACUCACCUCUGACCCCUUUGAAGCCUGACCUUUGAACCCCUAAUGCCCUUCCUCCUCCUCUGCCGCAAUGGACCCUGUACAUUUUCUCAUCAUGACCCUAAUCACAAACCAUCCAAGGAACUCCGAUGCAGACAAGCCAUUCCCCAAAGGAGUGAAGUAUUCACCCCUCUCUGCUCCUAUUUUUAACCUCUAUUUUGCACACAGCAUUUCUGUUAGUUUUGCUUGUUGUUUUUCGUCCACAUGGGAUUCAUGUUUUGUGUUGUUUUCUGGUCAUAUGCUGCUGCUGCUGCUGCCCUUCUGCUUGGAAACUCCAAGUGUCUGUCAGAAAUAGCACCCUAUUCCCUAUAUA